CUAAAAGAAGAUAAUCAUUUAAUGUUUUGGAGGAGGAUAAAUUAGUGGAACAGGAAAAAAAGUGAGAGAGAAAGGCCAGUAAAUUGGACAGAAGAAGAAAAUGGUUUGAAUAGUGGACAACAAACACAAAAUAAUUUAUUUGAAAUGUUCUUCUUCUUGUUCCUCUUUUUAAUCAAAACAUUAAAUAUUUAUGCCCAGAAAGAAAAUAAUAUUUUUUCUUCUUCCCAACAACCAAAUAUUAAUCAACAACAACAACAAUAUCCAGAUAUUUCCCCUUUACUUUUUCAAAAUACAAAUAUCGGGAAUGGAGGGUUCUUUGUUAGAGUAAUGCCUACAGGAUUGGCUUAUUUAAGAGAAAUUGGAAUGAAAGUAGUUUCAAUAUUUGGUGCUUAUGUCUCAAAAUAUUGGCCCCCAGUUGAUUAUUCUUUAGAUUUAAUUACUCCAGAUACUUUUACUUGGAGAAUGAGUAAAAUGCAUUUACGUUCAAAUGGAAAUUUUGAGGCUCGUUUAAAUGGGGCUUUACUUUUACCUUCUGUACCUAUACAAGGCCAAUUUGAAUCAUUACUUGGACAUUUAAGUUUAAGUAUUUCUGUUAAAAUGUUUAGAAAUUUACAAGGAUCCCCCCAAGUUCAAUUACUUUUUUGUGCUGCCCAAGUUGGCUAUGUUGAUUUAAAUGUUCGGAAUAGCGGGCCAACAGUAGAACAGCGUAUAUGUCAGAUGAUUGAGGGAAUAAUAAAUAAUGAUUUAAAUUCAAUACUUUUAACAAUGCCUUUAAAAAUUAGAAUAAAUGAACAUCAAUUAGAUUUAAUUGGAAAAAGUUUUGGAAUAAAUACAGAAGAAAAUUUAAAUAAAAAAAGAAGAAAUCGACGACAAAGAAUUCCCCCUCCCCCAAAACCUCCCCCAAAACAACACCAACAAUUAUUUAAUUCCUCUUCCUCUUCAAUUAAUUUAUUAAAAGAAGCAUUUCCCUCCAAUUCUUCUUUACUUAAUUUUAUUUCAAAUUUACAAAAUAAAAAUUUAAUUUUAAAUUUUGCAUUAAUUGACAGUCCUUUUGUUAGUCAAGGAACAAUAAUGAUAAAAUCUUUUGGAGAAAUUUCAUUUAACGGAAUUGGAGAAACUCCUUUUUUUGCUCCAAAUGUUUUAAUUCCUCAACCACAAGGUGUGCAUAUGGCUGAAUUUUUUGGGACUGAUUAUAUUGCUAAUUCAAUGCUUUAUCAUGCAUAUAAACAGAAAUAUAUGGAUAUUAUUGUUGGACCUGAAUCAUCACCUCGUUUAAAAGAUAUAUUAAAAACAACUUGCCAAACAGGUUUUUGUAUUGGAGAAUAUUUAGGUUCAUUGGGACAUCAAUUCCCCGACCGAGAAGUUGAAAUUCAUUAUUCUGCCAAAAAAGCCCCAAUAAUGGUUUUUGUGGAAGGAAAAGCUCGUUUUAGAUUACACGGAAAAAUGGAUUUAGUUAGGCAGUUCUUUAAAUUUAAAAUAAAUAAUCUAAAAAAAUUAAAGUUUGUACGUCCAAAAAAUAUUACACAACAAAAAGAACAAAUUCUUCGUUCAGAAACUACAUUGACUUCGAAUGUAAAUUUAUGGAUAGAAAAAACACAAAUAUUGGGAAAUGCAAGUGUCGAAAAUUUAGAUUUUCGUUUAAUUGAGGCAAAUAUUCACGAUGUCGACCAAAAUACAUUUGGAGAUUUGGGACUUUUUGGAGCAGAAUUUUUAGAAAAACUUUUAACAGAAAUACUUCAAAUGGGGUUAAUAUUGCCUUCAAUGAAAGGAGUUGUUUUGAGAAGUCCAAAGUAAAUUUAAAUAUUUUUAAAUUUAAAUUAAAAAAAAAGAUUAUCAAUUCAUGAACGU